AUGAGCAGGCAGUUAGGAAUCAGAGAGAAGAUGAAGCUCCACCCAUCCAUCAGAGAGAAGAUGAAGCUCCACCCAUCCACCAGAGAGAAGAUGAAGCUCCACCCAUCCAUCAGAGAGAAGAUGAAGCUCCACCCAUCCAUCAGAGAGAAGAUGAAGCUCCACCCAUCCAUCAGAGAGAAGAUGAAGCUCCACCCAUCCAUGAGCAGGCAGUUAGGAAUCAGAGAGAAGAUGAAGCUCCACCCAUCCAUCAGAGAGAAGAUGAAGCUCCACCCAUCCAUCAGAGAGAAGAUGAAGCUCCACCCAUCCAUCAGAGGGAAGAUGAAGCUCCACCCAUCCAUCAGAGAGAAGAUGAAGCUCCACCCAUCCAUCAGAGAGAAGAUGAAGCCACCCAUCCAUCAGAGAGAAGAUGAAGCUCCACCCAUCCAUCAGAGAGAAGAUGAAGCUCCACCCAUCCAUCAGAGGGAAGAUGAAGCUCCACCCAUCCAUCAGAGAGAAGAUGAAGCUCCACCCAUCCAUCAGAGAGAAGAUGAAGCUCCACCCAUCCAUCAGAGGGAAGAUGAAGCUCCACCCAUCCAUGGGCAGGCAGUUAGGCAUCAGAGGGAAGAUGAAGCUCCACCCAUCCAUGGGCAGGCAGUUCGGCAUCAGAGGGAAGAUGAAGCUCCACCCAUCCAUGGGCAGGCAGUUAGGUAUCGUUGA